AUGGUCGGCUCCCGUUAUAAGCCCUUCCAGUUUAUUUGGAAUCGAUUCAGCUACAGCGCCUUCCACAUAAGACGCGAGCGACUCUACGAUCGCCUCUACGCAGUUGUCGCAGCCACCAUGAUCGCCUUUACUGUAUUUCAGGGCGCAAACAUCGUCUACAUAUGGCAAGACGCAGUGCACCACAACUACAGACACUACCUUCUCAAGGAGAAGACGCGAAAAGAACUGGCGGAAAUGAUCCGAGUGGCGCGCGAAGAGGGCAGACUUCCGCCUGCUCCGGAUAGCAGCAGCAGCAGCAGCAGCAGCAGCAGCAAAAGCAGCAAAAGCAGCAGCAAAAGCAGCAGCAAGAGCAGAUUUGCGGAAAGAAAAGCAGGAGGAGCUGCGAGAGGCGGCAGCGGGGGGCAAGAAUCACGAGGAUGA